UGCUUCCCCUCGCUGUGCUGGUUGCAGCAGUGCUGUACAUGAGAAGCGGUCAGAACCUCACAUACAGCGUAGAGGAUCCCGACGAUGUCUACGAUUAUAUUAUAGGAGGUGGAGGGACGGCAGGAUGUGUGCUCGCUAACCGCUUGUCUGAGGAUCCUGAUGUGAAGGUACUGUUGGUUGAGGCAGGAGGAGAACAAGCGGGUAACAAGAACAUAGCUAAACCAGCUUUCCACGCGUUUCUGAAAAACACGAACGUAGAUUGGAACUACAGAACAGUGCCACAGAAAUUCUCCUGCCUUGCCUGCGAGAAUAAGCGAAGCAAAUGGCCGAGAGGAAAGGUACUCGGGGGUAGCAGUUCUAUAAACGGCAUGGUAUACAUCCGUGGUUCUCCCGAAAAUUACAACACAUGGGAAAGGAUGGGAGCAACGGGAUGGAGUUACAAGGACGUACUUCCGUAUUUCAUGAAGUCCGAAGAUAUGCAGAUACCUAAACUGAAGAACUCCGAGUACCAUGGUGUGGGAGGUCCUCUUACUAUCACGCAGUCAGCCAUUACAGAACUUGUAGACGUGUUCUUGGAUGCAGGGCGGGAGUUAGGUUAUAGAGUUGGCGAUGUAAAUGGAGAAACCCCUUAUGGAGUUAUGAAGACACAAUCAAACAUCAGAGACGGGACGCGCGCAGACACUGCCAAAGUUUUCCUUCAACCUGCCAUACGCAGAUCAAAUCUACACGUCAUCACGCAUGCCCAUGUCGCAAAGGGUUUAGGAAUUUUCCAGGUGAUGUUCGAUGGCAAGAGGGCGGUAGGCUUGCAGUUUAUUCAUGGUGCCGAGAAGAAACAAGCGAGAGCGUCUCGGGAAGUGAUCCUCUCUGCUGGAGCUAUCGGCUCUCCUCACAUCCUCCUCUUGUCUGGCGUUGGACCCAAAGAGCAACUUGACCAGUUCAAUAUACCGCAAGUCGCUGACCUUCCAGUUGGAAAACAUCUGCAAGACCACAUUGGCAUAUUCUACCCAGAAAAUUUUAUCGAUAAAAAUAUUUCAAUGAUAAAAUCAGACAUGCUAAGCUUUACGACAAGGGUUAAAUGGGAUUUGCUUGGACAAGAAUACCAUGGCAUCAGUGUUAUUGCAGGCCCUCUGUCGGCUACCGGCUUAGAAGCCGUUGGCUUCUUUCAUACAACCGGCCUGGAGAAGGAAGGCGUGUCCCCUAAUAUGCAGCUGCAUCUGGCCAGCUUCGGAAUGGGAUCUAUAGAUGAAGAUUUUGCAUAUAACCAGCUAGGAUUUGAGAAGAAGGUUCAUAGCUUUACCAUUCUAUUGACUAUUCUUUGA